AUGGUUCGCUCCUACUUGCGACAUGGUCCGACCGAGUCGUUCGGGGUGAUCGCGUCGUCGUCGUCCAACAGCGUCUACGACGGCAAACGAGCCUACGUACCCGCGCUCGAGGAUGUGCUCGUAUGGGACCUCAAAAAGGGCGAGCAGGUGAGAUAGAGUCUCUCACCUAUUUCACUUGAAACGAGACCUGAUCCCCCCCCCGUGUUCUGCGCACAGCACGCCAUGUGGCAUGAAACGGGCCUGAAAGCACUCGUCACUUCGAUCGCGCGUUCGCCCGUCGACUGGGAUCAAUUCGCCGUCGGAUACGCCGAUGGUUCAAUUCGGAUAUGGUCCGUCUCGACCGCUUCGGUCAUCGUCACUCUGAACGGUCACAAGAGUGCCGUCAGUGCGUUGGCGUGGGAUCGCGAUGGCGCGAGGUUGGCGAGUGGGAGCAAGGAUACCGAUGUCAUUCUUUGGGAUGUCGUCGCCGAAGUCGGUCUGUUCAGGCUACGAGGGCACAGGGACCAGAUCACCGGUUUGAUCUUUGUCGCUGCACCACCUCGAUCCACUUCCUCGGACCAAGAAGAAGCUGCGCAACCAAGCGCCGAAGAUCCUUCCUCGGCCCGACCACCCCCCUCGACCCACCUCUUGACCUCGUCCAAGGACACGUUCAUCAAGCUCUUCGAUCUUUCGACCCAGCACUGCAUCGAAACCGUCGUAGGCCAUCAAGGGGAAGUGUGGUCCAUCGCGUACGACUCCCACUCGGCCGUCCUCGUUUCAGGAGGUGGAGAGGGCCAAGUCAAAUGCUGGAAAGUCGAUGCGCCCGUGCUGGAACGAGGCAUCACUGCCGAACUCGAUACCACCACGACAUCGUCACAAGCCCCGCGGACAACAGCAUCCAAACUCAAACGCGCCAUUCGACCUUUGGCCGCCCUUCAUCUCCCCAACACCUCCCACGCCCACAACAUCACCCAAAUCACCCUCCACCCAACCCUACCCGUCCUCGCCGUCCAUUCGGGCGAAAAGACGAUCGACGUCUUCCGACUCCGCACGGAGGAGGAACUGAGAAAGAAACUCGCACGACGACGGAGGAGGGAGAGGGAAAAGUCGAGUAAGAAAGGCAAAGGCAAGGAGAAGCAAAUCAAUGACGACGCGGCGGACGAUGAUCAGGACGAUGGGAUCGUCGAGAAUGCCGAGGGCGAGAUCGAAUGGAGGGAUCGAUUGGCCGUUUGGUCCGUCAUUCGUGCGGGAGGUAAAGUGAGGAGUUUCGCUUUUGCUCCCGAGACGGCCAAGACGAAAGGCGAAGUACAGAUCCUCGCCGCUCUCUCCAACAACUCGCUCGAGGUGUACACCCUGCCCAAACCGGCCUCGUCGAAAGCACCCGCCGUCGAACCCGUCAAGAUGCAUUCGCUCGAUAUCCCCGGCCAUCGAUCGGACGUCAGAACCUUGUGCGUCUCUUCCGACGACGCUCUCAUCGCUUCGGCCAGUCAAGGCUCGCUCAAGAUCUGGAACCUCAAGACGACCAAGUGUAUCCGAACCUUGGAAUGCGGCUAUGCCAUCUGUUCAACCUUCUUGCCCGGCGAUCGACAUGUCGUUGUGGGGACCAAAGCGGGCGAAGUGCUUCUCUACGAUUUGGCUUCUUCGACCUUGCUCGAGACCUUCAGUGCGCACACCGGUCCCGUAUGGUCCCUGCACGUCCGACCCGACGGACGAGGUCUCGUUACAGGGAGUGGGGACAAGGACGUCAAAUUCUGGGACUUUGAAGUACGCGAGAUCCCCUUCGAAGUCGCCGAUGGACCCGUGACUCGAGUCUUGACGAUGGUGCAUUCGCGCACGCUCAAAAUGACGGACGACAUCCUCGCGAUCAAGUACAGCCCCGACGGGAGGUUAUUGGCCGUCUCGUUGCUCGAUUCGACCGUCAAAGUAUUCUACGCCGAUACGCUCAAAUUUUUCUUAUCUCUUUACGGCCACAAGUUGCCCGUCUUGGCAUUGGAUAUCUCGUCGGAUUCCAAGUUGAUCGUCACAUGUUCAGCGGAUAAGAAUAUCAAAAUUUGGGGGUUGGAUUUCGGCGAUUGUCAUCGGUCAUUAUUUGGGCAUGAUGAGAGUAUCAUGCAGGUCGCUUUCGAGAGGGGGUCGCAUUACUUUUGGAGUGUCGGGAAGGACAAGAUGGUCAAGUAUUGGGAUGGGGAUAAGGUCGGUUCACUGUCAAUCCCGAUGUGAGAUUCUGAAUGGUCAUUCACAUCUCUCGCUCUCCUGCUCUCCACAGUUUGAAUGCAUUCAAAAACUAUCCGGUCACGCCGGGGAGAUCUGGGCCCUGGCCGUCUCCCACCGCGCCAACUUUGUCAUCACCGGAUCGCACGACAAAUCCAUUCGCAUCUGGGAAAAGACGGACGAACCCCUCUUCCUCGAAGAAGAACGUGAACGUGAGAUUGAAGAAAUGUACGAUUCCAACCUCAACGGUCGAGGGGAUAGGGAUGAGAUGCGCGUGCUUCCGAAUGGGGAAGAGGUUGUGGGACCUGAAGCGACGGACGUUUCGAAAUCGACGACGGAGACGUUGAUGGCUGGUGAGAGGAUCAUUGAGGCGCUCGAGCUGUCCAUCUUGGAUCAACAACAGACCGCAGCGUACGAAGGAGAAGUCGCGGGGAUGUCCGAGCAACAAAAAGCCAAGGUUCCCGUACCCUCCAGGAAUGCGGUCUUUCAGAUGUACGAUGGCGUCGGUCCGCACGAGUAUGUGCUCAAGGUUGUAAGGAAGAUCCCGGCAGCAAGUUUGCAUGAUGCGCUGCUCGUGUUGCCGUUCACGAGGGUGACGCAAUUGAUUGAGCAUCUCGAUGUGUGGGCUCAUAAGGUCAGUCGCAGGUUAGUGAGGCCGAAAGAGCUAGAAACUGAUAAGGUAAAUGUUUUUCAUGUUCCAAAACAGGAAUGGCAAAUCACUCUUACCUCACGCGUCCUCUUCUUCCUCCUGCGCACGCACCACUCCCAAAUCGUCGCGACCCGAGCCCUCCGGCAAACGAUGAUGUCCCUCCGAGCCCACCUCCGUGCCGCUCUCAACCGACAAAAAGACGCCAUCGGCUACAACCUCGCGGCAUUGAAAUAUAUCCAACGCCAGCACGACGCGAACAAGACGGCGGAUUUCUUCGAGAAGGAUGUCGAAGGGGUUUUGGAUGAGGAUAAGGUGAGGGAGAAGAUUGAGAUGGGGUUGAAGAAGAGGAAGAGGGCGACAUUGAGAAGUUGA